ACACACUACAGGAGACUGAUGAGUGACAGAGCUUCACAGUAGCAGUGAACGCUGCUCUGGAGAGGAGGGGUGACGGGGAGCUGUCUACUGUACACUACUGUAAUGAGAUUAUUCAACUCCUAAAGCUUCUUCUAAAUAGUAGUAGUUGCGCUGUUUCUCGCACGCCGCAGCGCAUGUGCAUGUGCUCGCGUGUGCGCACCCGUUCUGCUCGACUCCAGCCAGGAAAAGCGCACCGUUUAAUGACAUUAUUUUUGGAAAGAAACUGCUUGUUGGAACCUCUCUCGCUCUUUGCGCACAUGACUUUUCUGAAGCAGCAGAGGCGGACGGAGGUUACAUUUGUUGUCGUUUAGUAGCCUACUUCUAAGGGCUGAACUUUUUUUUUUUUUUCAACGUGCUUGCGCAGAACAGACCCCUAGAACCAUGGAGAACCACACCGACUCGCAGAGCAGCACAGAAGACGUUCGUAAAAGCGGGUAUCUCCGCAAGCAGAAAUCCAUGCACCGGCGGUACUUCGUGCUGCGGGCGGCUUCGGAGCGCGGCCCGGCCCGACUCGAGUACUACGAGAGUGAGAAGAAAUUUAGAGGUAAAGCGCCAGUGCCUAAAAAGGCUUUGGCUCUGGAGACGUGCUUCAACAUCAACAAACGGGCCGACUCGAAGAAUAAACACAUGAUAGUGCUCUACACGCGGGCUGAGAGUUUCGUGGUGGCGGCGGAGAACGAGACGGAUCAGGAAGAAUGGUACCAGGCGAUGGUGGAACUUCAAUGCAAGAGUAAAGCACUAUGUGACAGUGCGAAUGGGGGAGAUUAUGGAGUACCAUCCCCUGGUCCCGCCUUCAAGGAAGUCUGGCAAGUAAAAGUUUGGCCUAAAGGUCUUGGCCAAGCCAAGAACCUUGUUGGCAUCUACCGGCUCUGCCUGACCGAAAAGACAGUCAACUUUGUCAAGCUGAACUCUGAUGCAGCCGCUGUCGUGCUCCAGCUUAUGAAUGUGAGGCGUUGUGGUCAUUCUGAAAACUUCUUCUUUGUGGAGGUGGGUCGCUCUGCAGUAACUGGCCCUGGAGAGUUCUGGAUGCAAGUGGAAGAUUCUGUGGUAGCACAGAAUAUGCAUGAGACUCUGCUGGAAGCCAUGAAGGCCCUUAGUGAGGAGUUUCGCCAACGUAGCAAGUCUCAGUCAGCUGCCGCUGGAGCGGGAGGUGGUACCACUGCAUCAAAUCCUAUUAGUGUUCCCUCGCGACGACAUCACACCAAUCCUCCACCCAGUCAGGUUGGAUUCACAAGACGCCCACGGACCGAACCACCAGGGAUUACUGGAGGCUGUAAUAGCACUUCUCCAACCUCUCGCCACAGCUUUCCCCGAACACGAACGUCCAGUGAUGGUGGAAAAAUUGAUGACGGAGGUGGCGCAACAACUGGAGGGAUUGCAUCAUGCUCAAGUCCCACGACUAAUGGGUCCUGUUCCAGUACCCCAAUACUGAGAUCAACAUCUGUUCGUGCUCCAACCCCAGUCAAAGCACAGCAUGCUCUAAUGAGAUCCACCUCAACCCCUGCUCCUUCAGCUGCGCCAAGCCUGCCUUCUGGCUCAGUACAUGGACCUGAGUUUUGUGCAGUAGGAACUGGGACAAGCAGCAGUGGUGUAGAUGGUAAUGGUAACAUGUACAGUCAAAUACCUCUCCGACAGACCUCUGUCUCUGGUUCUCUUAGCGACUACGGUUCCUCAGAUGAAUAUGGCUCCAGCCCUGGAGAGCACUCUCUGCUAACCCCAACAAAGCAGACAAGGUCUGCCGGCAGCUCAGGUGGGCAUUCUGUUGGGGAUGAAGCAUCCAACUACAUCCUAAUGAGUCAGAGAGGAGCAUCCAAACCUCAGCCAGGCCAAAAUGCAUUGCCACAGACCAGGAGAGUUCUGAGGCGCUCCUCUAGCAGAGAAUGUGAAGCAGAGCGCAGGAUAAUGAGCAAGCGGGCUUCCCUGCCACCCAUGGCCUUGGAGAGACUUGUACCACACCGUCGAGCUGGGGAGGAAGCUGUUGAAGACGAUGACUAUGCAAUUAUGACUCACACCACCAGCCGAGAAUCCUUUGGAUCAAGGCAAGAUUCUGGAGCAUCAGCAAGCACAACAGGAUACUUGGAGGUAGCUGCAGAGCUUAAAAGUGAUGCUGGUAGUGGUGAAACGGGUGUCCCUGAUGUCAUCAGAGGAGCUAAUGGAGCAGUGGAUAAUGGCUACAUGUCCAUGUUGCCAGGAGUUACAGCUUCCCCAGUAUCCCUUUCCCAUUCCCUCUCAGUAACAGUUUCAGAUCCAGACUCAAAGUCUGCUAAUGACUACAUGGCCAUGACCACCAGUAAUAGCAUUUCACCCCCACGGCAGAUCCGUCCACCACCUUCUGGCACAGAUGGCUACAUGAUGAUGUCUCCCAACAGUAGCUGUUCACCAGACCAACGAGGGGUCCCUACUGCCUGGGUUGGCAGCAGCAGUGCUGACAGCCGAACUGGCAGUGACUACAUGAAUAUGUCACCUAUCAGCGCCCGCUCUGCCAAUAGUACCCCGCCACCAGCUGAGCCCCACACUCCAUCUGACCAGCAUUCUCAGCAGCCUCCACCUAAGAUGGUAUAUUCUUACUAUUCUCUACCCCGCUCCUACAAACACAAUAGUUCAACACGCUUUGAGGAAGGGCCAGGAAGAGGGAAGCAUUUGGCUAAUGGUGGUCGAGGUCUGGGUGGAGGUAGGGGGCUUGGUAAUAGCAAGUCCAAGCAUCAGGAACCCCCCGUUGGUCGACAUCUGUCCCUUUCUUCGUCUUCCUACUCCUCCAGUUCUGCUAGCAGCGAGAGCCUAGGUGAAAGUGAAGAAAAGGCCGUCAAAGUGGCAGGAGGAGCAGCAGCAAGUACUCCUGCAAAAGAUGCUGAGCAAGGACCCUUGCAGCAAAGGCAAUGGUCUGGAAGGGUAAAGCAAGGACAUCCUGGUCAGAGGGUCAGGCCUCUUAGCCUGUUUGUGGAUGUCUCUAAAGCCAACACUUUACCCAGAGUCCGUGAGACACCCCUUCCUCCUGAGCCUAAGAGCCCUGGGGAGUAUGUCAGUAUUGAGUUCAAGGGCGAGAGGAACCUGAAGGCAGGAGGUAAUGGAACCAGAGGAUUAAGGCAUGAUGUUUCUCUUCCACCCAGUACCCACCACAACUUACCCAGGCCUACCUCUUGUGUCGCUGGGUUCUCACCUUUCUCGCAUAGCUCCUCCACCCCCAUCCUUCCAUCAACUGCCUCUGAGUAUGUCAAUAUGGAGCUAGGAGUUUCCCCAUCCCCCUCGCCUAUCUCCCUCACAUCACUUGGAUUUCCCCAAUUCCCCACUCCUCCUGUCACGCCUGCAGCAGCCCCUAAAGCUCAUGAUGAGCACAGAUCUGCAGUUCAAAAUGAUGAUGAUGCAGAGAGUGAGAUGGGUCAUAGAAAAAGCAGGCAGGUAUCAGAGCCACAGCCAGGAGACUCACCCACAGCAUGUGGUGACUACACAAAAAUGGCCUUUAGCCUGAACUCAGACAGCACCUUAAGUUCUACAUCACCAAAAGCCUCUUUGCCAGACCAACCUGAGUCAGUAGUUCCAGCCCUCGGUUUGGGACUAGGACUAGACUUUCCACUUGCCAAAGUCCCAAACCCAGAUCACGGGGCUAAAGUAAUUCGAGCGGAUCCUCAAGGUCGUCGACGCCACUGCUCUGAAACGUUCCAAGCUCCUUCCUCACUUCUUUCUUGCUCUGCAACAUCAUCUUCUUCUGCAUUCCCUGAUCACACCCAAGUGGCCCGUCGGCUUGGUUUUGAGGGUAUGCUUUGGGGGAACAGUGGCUCAGCGGACAUCUCAUCUCAGUACAUCAACCCUGGACUACCCAGUCUAUCUGUUUCACAGACAUCGUCCAUGGAACAGGGCCUCAAUUACAUAGACUUGGACCUGGCUAACAAGGAAAGCUCCCACACUGCCACAGAUGGGCAAGCAGCUGUCCACACACCUGUCACUCGUAUCUUUUCCUCUGUGCUGGCUGGAGGAGCAGCAGGGGGUUCUGUAGGAACUGGAGGUUCAGGCGGUAGUGCUUCAAACCUCAACAUGUAUGCUAGCAUUGACUUCUAUAAGUCAGAGGAGCUGCGAUCAAACCAAGGUAGCAGCAGCAGCAAAGAUGGUACAGAAUGUUGAUGCCGCAGCAAUAUGGAAUUCUGGGAAACAGAACGCCGGUGCUCUCCCGUGCACCUGAAUGCAGAGCAGAAACACAGAGUAAGGUGUGUGCACAAAGCCCAACAAUCUUCGCAAGCACUUUCCAAAGACAUCUGCAGCCAGCGGGAACAUGUGCCAAACGAGAAGAGCAACAACUGCCUGUGCUCUCUGGACUGUCAACAGACAAGCACAAUAACCAAUAAGAGAGGAGUGUCAAUGACAAUGACCUUUGACCUUCAACAGAAGCGUGAACAGUUUGUGUCCAGUAUUCACAAAAAGGAUUCAGUGAUUCACAAUUGUUGAACAUAUUAUGUGUACACAAAAAGUGCCUCUUGUUUUUGAUUGUCGCUUUCUGAAUAUAGACUUUCAGUUGUUCAGGCACUGAUUGACAUGCUUGUUCUUUAAUUGUAUGCAAAAACAGACUGAAAAGGAGAGUCGUUGAAAGCGUUGCGGCAAGAUGUCAACAACGCUGAUGGUACUGCUUCUGGAGAAAAUGGUGUAGAUGAAGUCAUUAUGACUCAGACAUGGUGUUCAUCAUGGUGUUUAGCUAACCUAGCAUCACACAUGUGUUGACUGACGAGUUCAUCGUCCUCCCUGUUCCCUUCUCCACCCCUUCGCCCCAUGCGUGACAUGUUCUAGCCAUGCAUUAGUACUUAAGUGCCUGUCUCUUUUCUGUCUCUCCUCCUUCUGCUCUCUUCACAGUAGUGUCCUGAAAGGAACCAGUAACAGACGUUUGGCUCAGUGACACUAAGCAUCUAUUUUUACUCUAUGGGUGGGGUGCUUCUGUGAUGGUGUCCUGCGGUAGCUUACCUCCACUGGCACGCAAGGAUGCUAGCUGACCCAAUCCACACUGGACUAUACCAAUGAUAGUCCAGAAUGGGGGAGUGUAAAGGAAAUAAUUUGGGAAUCAACCCCCACACACUGUACACCCAUUGCUGGCCAACAGUGGUAAAAUAAAAGCAGGAGUGUUAAAAACA